AUUUCUGUUGUAUGAAAUGAAGUAACGUUAACGUAUAGAAACUUGCAGUUCAGGGGACAAUAUCUGUCAUUCUUAUACAGUAGAUAUCCUUACAAAAACUCUAACGUUAUUGUAGGCAACAUGUUCAGCGCUCUUCUAGUUUGUGGGAAAAAUUUCGGUAAUCCGGAGUCGAAGUUAAGAAUGGAGCUUCACAGGAGUUGGAUGCGUUCAAGUGCCUUUUACAGGAACAUCUAUCCCUCGAAAACAACAUAGUUGAGGCGUGGGCUUCAGCAUAAACAGGUAUGAAACCAAAGCUGUGAAACAUUAUGUCAACCCGAUGCAUGGCAGCCGAGUUAACGUUAGCUGGCUACGAACACAAAUUCAUUAGCUAACCGUAAGUAACCAAUUUGGAAAUGUUUCCGAUACAGAGGCUAAUUUGACAGCUAGUUGAACAGUCAGACGACUCAUUGGCACUGGCAUAAGUGGACAAUUAGACUAUCGCCAUCGAUUUUUGUCGUUCAUUGACAGAACUGCGUUCUGAACCAUUGUCACAAGGACGCUUAAUGUUUUGAGGGGAAAUGUCUGCACUCAGGUGAAAUGUAUGUAAUUUUGUUUGCUAAGCUUGCUAACUGAGCAGUGUGCAUAACUAGCACAGAUAACGGUAGGUAGCUACUUGUCCAGUAUUGUUAGCAGUGGUUUGGUUAGCUUUAAAAUCCGCAUUGUUUCACCGGAAGCAAUGUCUUGUUGAAUCGUUCUGAUAGAGUUAGGCUUUCGCAAGAAAACGUCAAAGUGAACGUUGGUGAAGGAGUCCAAGUUGGUUGAAUCCUUAACACCAUCUAGCUAAUACUAUUAGCUGGCUAACUAUCGCCGCUAGUGGAUACCGUUUGGGCUAACUAUCCAGGAAUCAUCUUGACAGGUAUGGGUCCCCGAUGAAGAGACAUUAGGAAUUAAAAGUACACACUAUUUUUAAUCCAAGACCCACUCCCACCACGACUUGUUAGCUAUCAGCACUGUCCACAUUCAGAUGGAGAACAGAUUGGUCAGAGAUCCCCACUCGUGCCGUAGUUUUGGAAUGCUUCUGCCAGUACUGCUCAUCGUCUUAAAUCUGUCACAUGGAGUGACUGGCCUAGACGACCAGGCCAUGUUACCUGAAGAGAAGAGCAAAAUAAGGGACCAGAUUCUGGAGAUGUUUGACCAUGCGUAUGGCAGCUACAUGAAGUAUGCCUACCCUGCUGAUGAGCUGAUGCCUCUGAGCUGCAGAGGGCGAGUCCGGGGACUGGAGCCCAAUCGGGGAGACAUCGACGACGCCUUGGGAAAGUUCUCUCUCACGUUGAUCGACACCUUGGACACCCUUGUGGUUCUAAACAAGCUGGACGAGUUUGAGGAUGCAGUAAAGAAGACGCUGAGAGAUGUCCGACUGGAUAACGACAUUGUUGUUUCCGUCUUUGAGACCAACAUCCGUGUCCUUGGUGGCCUGUUGGGGGCGCAUGUGAUGGCUGACCUGCUGAGGCAGCGAGGGGACCGGAUGCACUGGUACAGAGACGAGCUGCUGCACAUGGCCAAAGACCUCGGCCACCGGCUGCUGCCUGCCUUUAACACCACCAGCGGCCUGCCUUACCCACGGGUAAACCUGAAGUACGGGGUCCUGAACCCACUCUCCCGUACAGGCACGGAGACGGACACCUGUACUGCAUGUGCGGGGACCAUGAUCUUGGAGUUUGCGGCUCUCAGCAGACUGUCUGGAGACUCUGUGUUUGAGGAGCAUGCCAGAAAGGCCUUAGAUGUGCUCUGGGAGAAGAGACAGAGAGGAAGUGACCUUGUAGGAACGGUCAUCAACAUCCACAAUGGAGACUGGGUCCGCAGGGAUAGUGGAGUUGGUGCUGGCAUCGACUCCUACUAUGAGUAUCUCAUGAAGGCCUACAUUUUGCUGGGAGACAAUGUGUAUCUAGAGCGCUUCAAUACUCACUACAGUGCCAUUAUGAAGUACAUCAGCCAACCACCUCUGUUGCUGAAUGUGCACAUGCACAACCCCACCGUCAGCGUGCGCAGCUGGAUGGAUUCUCUGCUCGCCUUCUUCCCUGGACUGCAGGUGUUAAGAGGUGAUCUGAAGCCAGCUAUUGAGACUCACGAGAUGCUUUAUCAGGUCACCAAGCAGCACAAGUUUCUUCCAGAGGCUUUCACUACAGAGUUCAGGGUUCACUGGGGGCAGCAUCCAUUGCGUCCAGAGUUUGCAGAAAGCACUUACUUCCUUUACAAGGCAACAGGGGACCCCUACUAUCUGAAAGUGGGCCAGUCCAUUGUGGAGAAGCUGAACACACACGCCCGCGUCCCCUGUGGCUUCGCCGCCGUGCAGGAUGUGAGGACGGGCACACACGAGGACAGGAUGGAUUCGUUCUUCCUGGCGGAGAUGUUUAAGUACCUUUACCUGCUGUUCUCGGAGAAGAGCCAGCUGCCUCUGGACAUAGAUAACUACAUCUUCACCACAGAGGCCCACCUACUUCCUGUUGCCCUGUCUACCACCCAGCCUCCAUGCCAGGGGAACCACACGCUGAGCCACCAUGGGGAGGACCUGUUCACCUACUCGUGCCCCAGCACCCAGACGCUCUUCCCCAACAACCCCUCCUUCGCCAAGAGCAUCCGCGACGGCUACAAGUACCUGACGGGGGUGGGCAGGGCCUACCACCCCUCACCAGUCAGGGGCAUUGAGCUGCCUCUACAUGACACGGGCCUGGAGCCAGUGGAGUUCCUAAAGAGCAUGGGUAUCACCCUCACCCCACUCAACGAGGCGGCUGUUGGAACAGCGGGCAAAGGGGCACAUGAGAAAGGUGUGUACAGGGUGAAGUUGGUGGCUGAGGUCAGUCAGACCCCUGAGGAAGAGGAGGUGGUACCCCUGAUUGUCCAGGUCAUCUCUCCACCAUUUCUGGGUAGAACGGUCCUGACUGCCGGCCCGGCCAAAUUUGGCCUGGACCUUACCAAGCAGGAGCAUGGGGUAAAGGGCACCAUAGUGAAGAGCGAGCCCUACUCAGCCUGUGGCACCAUUGAGAAUGCAGAGGCCCUUAGGGGCCACAUCGCCUUGGCCCUUAGAGGAGACUGCAUGUUUGCCGCCAAAGCCAGGAGAUUACAGGAGGCUGGGGUUACAGGUGUCAUCUUCAUAGACCACAGAGAGGGAAGCAGUAGUGAGGAGACACCGCUGUUCCAGAUGGUGGGGGACGGGGUGUCUACUGAUGACAUCACAAUUCCCCUGGUGUUUCUGUUCAGCCGAGAGGGGGCGGAGCUGACCUCUGCCCUUCACCAGCACGCUAAUGUGGACGUGCUGCUGCUGCCCAAAGAGCGCCAGCUGGGCAAAGAAAAAACGGAGAAGCUAAACAUAAAAUUCCGCCUAGCGACAGAGGGAGAGAUGGAGGAGGGUGAGCGAGAUGGCACCACUUUCCACCUCCUCCUGGACCCUGGGAGCGAGGGAGCGGACACCAAGGACACAAAUAGACACACGGAGCACGUGGAGGAGAGCAGUGCUCCCUCUGGCCACUGCAGUGCCUCGCAACAUGGCCGCCAGCCUGCUUGUGGACAGGAGCCUAACCACAAACCCGAAGCCGACCCCUGACCUGCAAUCAGCCUGGACACGGAAUCCACCCAACUCGCGACACAACGGCUGCCGAGGACUGGGCACUGGUCCAGGAUCAGUGCUCGUGCAGCGCUCCGGCUCGCCCUUUGAGGGGCGUUGCUAUAAACUGCUGGCUCUCACCCUAUGGGAGAGUCUUUGAAUGACUUUGAAAGGAAAACUCAGACCUCAAACACUAGUGUAAAGGAUGGGUCCUGUAUAGUUAGUAGUAGUGGAACUGUAUAAUUUGUGUGUUAUAGCAUAACAUAUGGAAUAGGAUGAUUUGGUACAGACGUAAUGAUAUGGUCUUUGGCUACGGACUGAUCAUCUUCUGUGCCCAAGGGUGCAGGGAAGGUGAAACGAUUAUUGAUGGGAGGAGACCUCCUUGUUUCCUUAGGGGGAGGGGUUAGCGUGCAACCUUAACCAUGUUCUCUAGUCUCAUCUAUAGAAUAAGAGUAUCCCUCGUCUCUUUGGCCAAUUCAAAGUAGUAGAGGACGUUAGUGGUGUAAAUCAUAACAACCACAGUUGCUCAGCAACAACAGGCCAACCAAACACAGCCAAUGACCAAACUUGAUGUUUUUUGUUUUUGUUUUGUUGUUAUGUUUGUUUUGUUUUGUUCUGUUUACUUUUUACACCAAUAUGCCGUAAGCAAACACAUUUUGGAAACGGAGGCUUGAGGCCAGUAACAGUACAGUCAGGUAAAACACUUUCGUAUUAAGUCAAAGUACUGAAGCAUCAGGGACAACAAAGACUUGAAUGUGACUGUGUGUGUGUGUGUGUGUGUGUGUGUGUGUGUGGGCGCAAGAGAGGGAAAGGAAGAGAUAGUUGGAGAGGGAGAAAGUUCAAAGUCCUCAUGCAUGUUAUUUUUGGAUGUGUCGACUGUACUACACAAUGUUUCUUUUGUUUUUGUUCUAAUUUCUGUGUGCCAAUAUGUGAUGCACAUCCCACAUGCAAGGGAUGACCCUGACUGAUAGCCCAGAUGCCUAAGAUCGUGGCCAGGCAACAGUUGGCAGCCAUUUUGGAUCUAACGUGGCAGAAGAUGGCAGACUGUUGCCACAACUUUUGCCUCUUUACUGCCUACUGAGACAGUUUCCCCCCAGCACUUUGUCCAGACCCCAUAAGCUCCUUACCUGCCUAACAGGUCAAAGUGUGAGUGUGUGUCUGGUGUGUAUGUGUGACAAAUAGAGAAAUGGGGAAUUAGUUUUAUGUUGUUGUUUAGGUCCUAGGAGGACUUCCAGGAGUCUAGAGUCAGAUGACUGAUGCAAAAUUUUGCUUGAUUAUUUUAAACACAACACACAGCUUAAAGUGUGUGUGUAUGAGUAUUUGGGGAUUCAUGUGGAUACUGUAAGUCAACAUCAUGGAGAAACACACAACAGCCAUUACAUUCUUCAGGCACACAGAGUGUAGGGUCCGUCAUGAUCCUCUAGUACAUGUUAUUCAUUCCUUUUAGGUUUUAUGCCCCACAACCACAAGUACACUACCUGUCUAUCUGAUCAUAUGUACCAGGUUAGGUACUGUUUGUCAUGCUACAGGUUCAUAAUGAUGCACAGUAGUUUUGGGUUAUUGGUUGCUAAUUGUGAAGAGAUGUUUGGUACCUCAGUUUGUUAGGGCAAGUGUAGUGUCCUUCUCGUCGGAUCCUGGCUCCCAGUGUACCUCGACUUUAAGUAAGGGCUCAACUCUACUGUAACCCACAAGGGGAUAUCAGUGGCUUACAUAUGUCAGAUGCUUUAAGAGGUUUAAAUGGCUUGAUUGAUCCCCCUUGUGUUACUGUUCACUCAGUGGGAUAUUAUUAAAUGGAGCGAGAAAAGAUUUUUAAUGUGCGUUUUUAAUGGGUGUUUAUAGAUCUGCAUAUAUAUUUGAGAUUAUACUAUAGUUGCCAUGUGAGAGUUGUGCAGGGUGUGACGAGUGAAAGUGCCAAAGUUAUUUCAGUUCCUCUACUGUAUGAGCAUGAGCUUCUGUCUCCUCUGUUGACUCUCAAUUGAACUGAUCUAGUCUGAUAAUAAAUGGAUUUGUGACCUAAAUCA